AUGAAGUUCAAUGGAGAGGUAAUCUACAUUGUGUUUCAUCAAGUUCUAUUCUUGAUAUCUGGUUUAUGUACAACGUUAGGUGCACAAUGGUUAUUUUAUCAAGGAGCAGCAACUGGCGACAGUUAUUUAACACAGCUUGCACAAUAUCUUGGUAUGAUUUUAGUGGGUGCACUUAUUCCAAGCCUGCUCAAAAGUAAACAGAAACAAUAUCAAGCAUUAAACCAGGAGGAAAUUGAUGAUGAAGCGUUAUCUGUAGAAGAACAAUUGACACGCAAUAUCAAUAAUAUACCCAAAUUUGAAGAAGGCCCUGUUUCGCAUAAAUCUGUAAUUAAGUUGGCUUGCAUGGAUAUCGUUGCAAACUUCUGCGUAACAGUUGGAAGAUCUCUCUCAAUCUUACAAUGGAUUGCUAUCUUUGGUACCACUGUAGGUUUGGCAGUUAGUUCCAUGGAUAAUUUUAGUAACACUGGUACCAGCAGCAAUAACCCUCACGCUACAGUGCUUAUGUUCGGCACUCUAAUGACUCUUGGUGGUACCUUUGGCUACUCCUGUGUGUAUGUUUAUUCUGAUUACAUGAUGUCACAAUACAAUCCACCGCCAUUACCAGCAAGAAUCUGUUCUUAUGUUGGCAUGUACACGUCACUUCUAUCACUUGUAUGGAUUGGCGUUUAUACCAUGCCACAAUUCGAUAAACUGAUUCAUAUAAAAGAAGGCGUCUCUACAGUUACUGUUAUGUACAUGUAUAUUCUUGUAACCAUUUCCAACGCUUGUCAUUCCUGGAAUUAUUACGAACUGAUAGACCGUACAGGAAGUGUAAGUCUGUUGGUCUACAUUUGCACCGGAAUGAUUUAUCUUACAAUACGGUUUUAA